CUGGAGCACCCGAGGCGGCCGCUAUCGAUAACGCAACUCAACAGCACUUGCGUUUAAGCGGGCCUCCAACGUUGCCGCCAUCCCCCAAGGCUACACGAGGGCCACAACAGCUCUUCUGCGCCGCCAAAGCCAAUCAUCAUCACGACAGCGCAUCCGCCAUCGCCUAGGACACAUAUAAAAUGGCAGUCUCCGAGUCUAAAAUGCCCAGCUGGGUUUCUCAGCUUGAGGCGCCACCUGCGGCCAAGUCCAAGAUUCCCGGCAUCGUCGACCCCGUCGGCUUCGGUGGCCCUUCUGGUAACAAGAAGCAGAAAGACUCCAAGACACAACCGCGAAAGCAGCCGACACAAGACGAGAUGGAUACGCUAAAGGUCAAGAAGGCGUGGGAAGUCGCUCUCGGCCCCGUCAAGGGUCUGCCCAUGACCUUCAUCAUGAUGUACAUGUCAGGCAACUCGCUACAGAUUUUCAGCAUCAUGAUGGUGUUUAUGGCUUUCAAGAACCCCAUUGUUGGCUUGAUGGCUACAAACCAGGCGUUUGAGCGCUUCCAGACAGAGACGAAUUCUGGCAAGAUCCUUCAAACAAAGCUUAUCUACAUUGUUAUGCAGCUUUUGGCACUUGGCGUGGGUAUUUGGAAAAUUAACGGCAUGGGAUUACUACCGACGACGCGGUCAGACUGGCUUAUGUGGGAAGCACAGAGAGAACCGGUGGAGUUUGCGAUACCUGCAUUGUAAAAGUAUUUUCAAAUAGGUCCUGGUUAAUAAAUGUGGAUUAUCAUUAUUGGUCAUACGUUCAUGUAGCGUCUACUUUGCUUGGUUGGCGGCCUGCGACUUGUUGAGCUCUUUAAGCUCAAUCGCUUUCUCCUUCUCUGCCCUCCACCGCGGGCCUCGACUUUGAAUCACCCACAGCCACGGGAUACUGGUAAUCAUUAAGCUUGCUAGAAAGGUGAAACAGCCACCAAUGCCCAUACCCUGGAGCAUAAAGUCAAUGAUCGAAGUGGCAGCGGCACCAAAGAGGCAUCGAACCAAAUUGUUCGCAGCGGCAGCAGUCGCAGGUGCCUCUGGGAAGAUGUCCACGAUGAGUGUAGUCAGUGCAUUGAACGAGCUUGGCACUGUCAUGCCAAUAAUGAACAGCAUAGCCAGAGGUACAGCAACUGUAGUCUGCAUGUGCAGCGCCCAACCGUAUGCAAUAACAGCUGCGGAUCCGACGGCCAAUGUAGGGUAAAGUGGUUGCAUCCUCGCCGAUUCAAUGGGGAAUUUUAACAUUUCUUCCUUUGACUUUUGUACCAUACCGAAGCCGACCUUCUUCGCAAUGCGGCGAUAGUUCCAGUCGAGCACAUACCCUUGCAAGAUGCUGGUUAUGCAGCAUCCAACGCCAUAUGGCAAGUAGCAGAGGCCGAUUUGAAGAUCACUGAAGCCAUAUAUCUUCUUGAACAAUGGUGAGAGGGUAGCGGCAACCAAAAUAAAGUCCAAGUAGAUAGCGGUAGCAAUAAUUAAAAUCUGUCCCAUUUCCUUCUCAAAUGACAAUGCCAAUGUCUUGAGAGGAUUUGGUAUCCGCAGUUUGCGCGUCGUGCCCGAUUCCGCCUCGGUGCUUUGACGCCGUUUGACGAGAUACUGAAUCACGGGGUAGUUCCAGCUCUGCGGAGCAGCGGAGCCGUUUCCGACAACGUUGCGGCAUGUUUCGGGGACAAAUAGGAUCCAGGGCACAAGCCAGGCAAAGGCAAAAAUGGCCAGAAACCAAAAGAGCGCUGGCCAACCGAGGAAUUGCGAGAGCAAGCCACCCAGGAACGGGCCCAGCGUUGGACCGGCGUUGAUGCCGGCGCCGAUAAUGCCCAUGUAGCGGCCCCGGUCAGACCGUGGUACCAAAUCUGCCACAACAGCGUAUCCCAGAGCAAGGGUGCCGCUGCUACCUGCAGAUUGCAAACAGCGCAAGACAAGAAGAGCUGCAUAGUUUCGCUGCAAAGCCAGGGCAAUGUUGAUAAUGGUGUACAUGGUAAGCGAGACGAUGUACGCAGGCCGGCGCCCAGCCAUGUCACCGAAAUCGCCAAAGAUGGGAGGUGAGAGUCCUUGAAAAAUCAUAUACGUUGUAAGGGACAAAUUGAUGAGACUAAGAGAGACAUUGAGAUCCUUGGAGAUGGAAACAAUGGCGGGAAAAUAGAUGUUUGCCGUCAUGGGUGAGAUGAUGCUGCCAAUGGUAAUCAUGAAGACGACCCAGCGGCGCGUAGUGACUGAGAAGACACUAUACGGCGCCGAUGCAACACGAUUCAAUUCCGUAUCAUUGACAAAUAUUGCCUGGUCUUGCACAGGAUCAUUUAAUUUGACCGUCUCAGCAUGGUCCAGCACCAGCGACACUUGAUCGUGUGCUACUGCGUCAGAAGGCGGCUCAUUGGCAACGGGCAUGACACCGGCGCUGUCGCCGGAGACUGGGCCGGAGGCAGUCCCACUGGAAGCCAUAGCGAUGAAACGAGUAAAAAAAAAAACAAUGAAGCCUUGUAUAGAGACAAGGAUUAGGGAUGAUGAAAGCGAAGCAGUAGAGGCGGGGACAGGAAUUGUGUCUCCAACUUGUGUUUGCCGCACAUUCGCCAACGGGGGGAAAUGGAACGGUUUGGGAAGAAGCCAAAAUCAAAUGUCAAAAGCGAAGACGGAGAGUAAAUAAGCAG